UAAUUUCUUUUCAAUUUAAUUCUAUUUCUUUGGGCGACUGGUUGUUUGGAAAUUGUGUCGGGCUAAUGUGGUGCAUAAAAAACAGAAAAACAAAAUAAAAUUGAAAGUAAUAAAAUAAAUUUCAUGUUCUAAUGACGUGCAUUUGUGAUAACCAAAAAAUACGCGUUUAUAUACUUAAAACGGAAUUACAAAGCUGGCAAGCGCGAGAAAACGGAGUACUUGAGUGAAUUGUGUGAGGCUUUUAUAUUAACCAGAAAUAUUAAACAAGCAAUAAGAUAAAUCUGAAAACACUUCCAAAAGUUGGCAUCGAUGGUGUUUACGCGCAGUUAAAGCAGCGUGAAGAAUAUCGUAAUAGUUUUUGUUGAAUGCAAAAUAGUGAUAAUUAACGAAAAUUACAAGGAUACACAACAAAUUUAAACAUAAGUUAUGGCUGACAGUGCUUUCAAGUCGCGUGACAUUGGCUUGCGUGCCCAAAAGAAGAUCCUCUCGCGCAUGGCCACCAAGAAUAUAGCGAAAACAUUUAUAGAUGGCACCACCGCAUCGCUUCUUGAUAAUUUAUAUCGCCUAUGUAAGAUGCAUACGGGCAACAAAGUCAAAGCGGAGAAGCUGAUAAAAAACAUAAUUAAAAUUGUUAUCAAAAUUGGUGUCCUACAUCGAAAUAAUCAAUUCAGUGCCGACGAACUGAAGGAUGCGGAAGUCUUCAAGCGGAAGUUUCAAAAUACACAACUCUCAGUAAUUUCCUUCUAUGAAGUGGAUUAUAGCUUCGAUCUGCCGUAUCUGCAAAAAUCCAUUGCCGAAUCGCAUGCCGCCCUCAAGUCAAUUGUCCAACGACACCUUACCGAGAAGUCGCUAAAUCGCAUCGACGAAGUAUUCGAUUUUUUCGGUGACACCACACUCUUAGAAACCGCCUUCAAACCCGAUUCGCCGUAUCGCGAAUUAAUGGGAAAAAUCGUUAGCGAUAUUAAUACUGCCAUGGAAACGGGAGACAUUCUCGUCUCAUCUCGUCCAAAGGACUGCAAAGUGUACAAUGGUCGGGAAGAUAUGUGCGUAUGUGUGUGUAAAGGCAAAGAAAAGGCUUAAACGGAAUUUAGGUCAUUAGAAUGCAACAACAAACCAAAAAUUAACUAAUGUAAUAAAUUAAAGCACUUUUAUCGAAUACGCUUGUCUUAAAUUAUAAAUAAAAAUAAAGAGAAACCGAAACCUGUUGAUAAUAUGUAAUAAACGAGAUACACGAAAAACUAAUGAUAUUUUGUAACAGUUAUAAUUAUCAGCUGUGCUAGACACUAACAAUGUAAUUAACGUAGCAGAAGAUGAAGAUGAGGAUGCUGACGUUGACGUCGAUGAUUGUGGUAAUGAUACAAAUAUUUUUGAUGCUAUUGACUAAGCAUCAUACUAAUGUUAACAUCGGUAUCGAUAACGGUAUUAAUAAAUAACACUGAUGAUAAUAUUUAUUAUAAAGUAGCAAAUAUUUAUAUGUAUAAAACCAAAACUUUUUUGAUCGAUUAUUUUUCUAUGAUGAUAUUAAGUAGGUAAAGAUACAAACAAACAAAACAAAAAAUUACUGUAAGCACUCAAAAUGAAGAACCAACAAAAAGCAUUUGCACAAGUGCUAAAAAAUGAGAAAUGAACUAAAAGUAAUCGAAACAAACAAAUAUGCGCAAUUUUUUUAUGAAAAAUAUUUUCGUUUAUAUGAUGAGGGGCAAACUUUUUUCACACUUUUUUACAACUUUUUAAAACUGGUCUUUAUAUUUCGUGCGCAACUAAGUUUUCGCUGUUUUUUUUUUAUGAAAAUACAACUUUAUUCUGAAAAAAUGGUUACAAGUGAUCAUUAAAAGUUUUGCCCAUCGCUGGCUACUACUUUUUCCCAUCUUUCUGGUAGAUCUCGUAUACCGUCGCGGUAAAACUGUUCAUCUUUUGAGGCUAUCCACGGAUCAAGCCAUUUUUUGAUGUUUUCAUAUGAAUGGAACUGCUGAUCAGCUGGUCAGCUAGACCAUGUGCCAUCGAUCGGAAGAGGUGAUAAUCGGAUGGCGCAAUAUCUGGAGAAUAUGGCGGCUACCCCACCCGCCAUUUCAGUGUUUCCAGCUAGGUUUUAACGUGUUUGGCAACGUGAGGCCGAGCGUUGUCAUGCUGUAGAAUCACUUUUUUAUGCCUAUCCGCGUAUUGCGGCCGCUUCUCGCGCAGUACUCUGCUCAAUCGCAUCAAUUGAAGGCGAUACCGAUCCCCAGUGAUGGUUUCGCUUGGUUUUAACAGUUCAUAAUAAAUAACACCAACUUGGUCCCACCAAAUACAUAGCAUAACCUUCGCAGCGUGAAUAUUCGGCCAAGGCGAUGACGUAGAAGCAUGACCGGGCAGUCCCCAUGACUUUCUUUUCUUUGGAUUACUGUAUUGAAUCCAUUUUUCAUCACCCGUCACGAUGCGAUGAAGAAAACCCUUCCUUUUUUACCGCUGGAGCAACUGCGAAAAAACGUCGUUCAACAUCCCUUGGUUUUAGCUCACGAGGAACCCAAGUCCCCUGUUUCUGAAUCAUUCCCAAAGCAUGUGCAAUCGCUUGGAAAUGGAUUGGCGAGUAACUCCUAAUACUGAAGCAAGCUCUUCUUGCGUUUGACACGGAUCCUCAUUGAGCAAUGCCUCCAAUUCAGCGUCUUCGAAGGUGGAGCCCGUUUCUCCAGAACUCCCUUGCGGUGAUCAUCGCAUUGGAGAUUCAUCGAAAAUCAAUCGGACAAGAGAAAUUAGUUUUAUUAGUCCAUAAUCUUGUGCCUGAUCGAAGCUUUUUUUUCAAAACUAACAAUAUGGCGGCCUGAGGAAAUAUUUUUCAGAUUUUCGAGAAAAAAACCGGCAAUUAGUUGUUUAAAAAAAAUCGAAAUUUUUGGAAAAAAAAUUCUGAUCGAAGGACGAAGCACGAGUUUUUUAUGUUUUUCAAAAGCAGUAUAAAUUUUAUUGAAAUCUACCAAGCGGUUUUUAAGUUACACUGAUCACCAGUUCAAAAAACAUAGUUUUGAGAAAACGCAUUUCAAGUUUUGCCAUCGAUUUAUGUGGAGUUAUACGAACUAUUUAAUUACAUACACUGUGUCAUCUAUUUCUGGGCCAUAUAAUUGUUCUUCAGCCGUCAUAGCAGCUUCCAAAAUAUCGAUUUGCUGUUGCCUACGUAGCAUUCUACCUUCUCGAGUGUUAUCAGCCACUUUCAUAUGUGCAGCAUCCAUUUUUUCAGCAUACGAACACUCCAGAGCGCCCGAGCGCCCUUUGUUAAUUGUUGAAUAACUCAAAAAGUAUUUGUCGGAUUCACUUCAAAAUGUCACACAAUAUUUUUAGGAUAUUAUACAUUAAGAAAAUGCAAAACAAAAAAAAAACAUUUUUUUGAAAAUUCUGACUACCCCUAACCCCUUAAUGGAAAAAUGUAAAACAACUUGAUCUUACUACGUUUGCUUAUACUCUGAGAGUUUCUCAAUUAUAUAUUUGCACUUUGUAUUGUAAAUGUAACGAGGAUAAAUGGCAAACAGUAAUGGUAAUGGUUAUACGGAUUGGGCUAAGGCCUUUAUGCACUGCGACAUUUGGAUCUAUUAUGCGCCCCUAAUUGUGAUACUUAAUUAUGAUUAUUUAGUAUAGCGAGGAAUCGAACCAGCUCCUUAGGAGGGAGCAAUUGUAGCUCUUCUGUGGCCUAAUGCCUCACAGUUGGUGAUUAAGUGUCGUCCAUAGACUCCUCUUCAUCACAGCAGAACCUGCAUGAUCUUAUGCUAGAUAACCCAAUUGUGUUGUUUAUUACAGGCAAAGUGAGCUGUAAGUGAUCCACAGAGUAAUCUGAGGUCUUUUUUAUCUAGGGUUAGAGCAGAUUUUGCUCUGUUGGCAUUGAAGUUCAAAAACUUUUUAGAGUGAUUAAGGCCGCUUGUGCCGUUCCAGAGUGCACUGAUUUUUGUUUGGAUCCAUUUUUUGGUUUUUUUUAUAUUAUUUUUGUAAAGCCGAAAAAUGGAGUUGGUCCCAUAAAUAGCCCUCCUGCACCUUUUUUGGCAUACAAAUGUGCUGGUACCCAAAUCAGUGAGACCUGAUUAUGAGUGGCCAGUUUGUGGACUGGCUUGUAACACUCUAUUAAGACUUUUGACUUCAAUGUGAACUAUUCAAGGCAUUGAGAACCGAUUGGCUGUCCGAAAGUAUUUUAAUUUUUAAUUUCUUGAACCCUCUUUUGUAUCUGAUUUCCACUGUUUCCUUUAUAGAAAUUAACCAUUAACCACAAUUUGUUUGUGUAAUACUUCGUCAAUUACAUUUGGUUAUCUAAAGACGUCAUAUGACGUUCCCGGUCAACAAUGUGUUAAUUAAGAAAAUUUAUGUAUUUAACUAAGUUUAUUUUGAAAGUCUAUAUACAAACACAUUCACUCUAUCUUCAUUUUGAUAGUUCAAUGAAAUUAAUGUGAGUUAGCUUAGUUUUUUUCAUUUGCUCACAACGGACCCAUUUCGUGGUCUAAGUGGCAUCGCUGUCUCUAUGUGCGAUACGGCUGCCAAACCUAGCUUAAGUAAGCAAAUCCAAAAUUGUAUUAUUUGUUGUUAUUGUUGGCGCAGCAUUAAACACUCGCCAUAAUGCUGCAACCAACUUGGCAUAAUGCUGCUGGAGUGUCAGCCAUUGCUUGGCUAUAAAUACGAGUUGUUCGAGUAGCUUAGAGCCAACUGUGCGUAGGAACGAUUUUCUACCUCGUUUCCAUUCAAAUUAAACGAAAAUAUUUUUCAUGAAAACAAUGGAAUUGCAAAAAUAUUUGGCGUCCUGUUCGAUCAUUGAUUGUAUUGAUUGUUGUAUCAAAUGUAUUGUUAUUAAACUAAGAUAAGAUUAAAAAGGCUAAAAUGACUUUUGACGGUGCAUUCACAGCUAAACGACACAAAUUGAACAAAGACAAAGAUGUGAAUAAAACAUGCAAAUCAAUAAAAGCAAACUCUUUUUCUAAAUUAUGUACAAACGUGCAUACACAUACAUAUGUAGUACGUAUGCAGUUUCAAUAUUUUUAUACUACGAAAUAUGUACAAGUAUAGAAACCAAUAACAAAAAUGAAAAUGACAACUUUUUGAAAGCUCAAUUAUUGUCUGAGCAUUAGGGAUUUUUUCAACGCAUUAGCGUUUAUAAGACAACAAAAUUAAAAUAAAAUAAUAUGAUUGUACUUGUAAUCUAUGUAAGCUAGUAUAUGUGCGAGUAUAUAUUUCAAAGUACUCCAACUAAGUAAACUAUCAAUUUUGUAUUUUCUAUACUAAAUGGCUAACUAUGCGUUACUAAACACAAACUGGCGUAUAAAUAUCAAAUUAACUCCCCUUAGGUCAUCUACUAUAAGUACUAUAUACCCUGAAGGUGUCGUAUUGGAAAUUGAAAUUGAGCCAGAAAAUGCUAUUGUCGUGUGCGCAUUUUGCGGUCGCCUGCAUUGAGAUAUUUGUGCACACUAAUAUGAACGCGCACGUAAUAGACUAAAAGCAAAUGAAUGCAAACAAAUGGAACUCUUCUUAUUGUUCUUAUAUUUUGGAAUUGAAAUUUUAUUUGUGGUUUCAGUUGUUGGAACACCACUCAAUACAUACCUACACUGGUGGAAAAGAUAAUAGAAACAAGGCAGUUUUUAGCAUUUUCUUUUUAUUUCUUUUUUUUUUUUUUAAAUUAUAUGAGCCGUUAAUUAUGAACACAUUAACGAUUAAACCAAGAAAUAACAUAAACAACUGUCAGAGAUAGUAUUCAUUUCUAGUGUAACAGUUGGAAAAUAUAAAAAAAAAAAACAAAUAGUGCAUAAUACAGGGUCCGGCA